AUGUUUAUAAGCACUAUUAUAUUCGCCCUAAUUUUAUCACCUGGAAUUUUUGCAAUUUCCGGACUUGAUGAUCCUUUUUUAUCGUACAACAAAUUAGGCAAUAGUCAAAUUUAUGAUAUUAAACAAUUUUCUGACGGGAAACUCAUAAUUCUGACAGCAAAUGAUCCAGGAUUUCAGAUUGUCCUUCGUAAUGGAACAAUAAAUACGAUCAGUAAUUUUAGAAAGUUGACAAACAAUGCUCCAACUCAAAUUUUCCCUUUAUCUGAUGAUUUGAUGAUGAUAAUGCUUUGUACUCUUGGUUCGCCUUGCGAAAAUGGAACGAUCAUAGAUUUAAAUGGAAAUGUUAAAAUCGACAACGUUCAGCUCGGUGGCGUCACAACAAUCACGACAGACAAUAUACCACUUGUUGGAUUUUUAGGAGUUUCUUAUACUAAUAAUACAAUCAGAUGGAUUAAAUUUCGCUUUCCUCAAAAUAAUAUAGAUAGAAACUUGCAAAUUGACAGCGGUACGAUUAGUGCACGUGCAAAUUACUCAAUAAAUGACGUAAUUUUAUUCAACAAUAUUGAUGGCAGUCAUGCUAUUGUAUAUUCAUCAUACUUGAAUUCAGUCCACAGGGAUCUUGUUUAUAUCAGUGAUCAAUCAUAUUUUACCACUAGCAUUUGUUUUUACAAUGAGGACACCAAAAUUGUCAAUGAUCCUAUUCAAAUUUAUGAUUCUUUGCAAAAUAAUGUCAACCUAACAACUUUCGACUGUCGAUCUGGUUACAUUUCUAAUAACUCUACAAGCAACCUUUGUAUUAUUGGAUUGAAAUAUUCUCCUCCCUCUAAUACAACCACUAAUAUCAGCGGUAUAAUUGAUCUAUGGUUAAUUCCUUUUUCAUCAUUGGGAACAGUAUUUCAGUCAAGAUCUUUUGUAUACUAUGAAAUUGAUAAAAGUGCGAGUAUCACAAUUGUACCUCCUUAUUCAUUAUAUACUAUAACAUCUCUUCCAUUUGGUGAAUUUCUGGCAAUAGACAAUGAUGAAAGCAUUUUUGCUGGAGAUCCUCAAAAUCCUGGUCAUGUAUUUCUUUAUGAUGUUGUAAAUUCAACUGGAUUUUAUGAUAAAACUUUACCUUUAAACCAAACGAUGGUCAUAGAUCCUGCACUGGACUUCAUAAAGUUUGGGGUUAUGCCUAAUAAUACUGCAUGGUUCUUCUUUAAUUCAACUAAAAAUUCGCCAAAUUGGAGUUUAAUAAUAAAAAACAUUACAAAAAUUAGUUAUGAUGCUAAUUACGAAAAUCCAAAUAUUAUAUCUGCUGAACCGGCUAGAAAUACUUUAAACUCCACAGUAUUUGUUCCAUUACAAAUAUCAUCAUACUUUACUCUCAAUAUUACAUUUUCUAUUCAAGUUAUCAGAUCAACUGGUAAUAUAUCAAUUUAUCAAUCUGAUAACUUACGUCAAACAUUUCCCACAAAUUCAAAAUACUGCUCGACUGUUAACGUUAAUGGUAAUUCAACUACUAGUGGAAGUUCGACUAUUAGUGGAAUGAUGCUUUCAUGUACAAUUUUUCCAAGCACUUUUAACCGUGAAAACCAAACAUAUAUGAUAAUUGCUGACAACAAUUUUGUAAAAUCUGCUUCAAAUAACGAGGCACUUGCCGGAAUAAAAAAGGAUAUUUGGAUGGUUUCGACAUCACAAAUAGGUGUUUCAUAUCAGCCUAUUGAAUCCACCACUGGAACAUUGCGUUUGACCGAAGAUGGAACUGUAUAUUACAAUAGUCUAACAUCAAAAAACGGUUUUUUUGAAAUGUUACAAAAGCAAUUGGCUGAAUGCAUUCCAAUAAGCAAUAUAAAUCUCUUAGUUCCAACCAAUCGUACCACCCCUGAUCCUAUUUCUCACAACCAGCUUUUAGUAGAAUUCAUGAUAAAUAAAGCAGAGUCAACAAUGGUGCCUGACGUGAAAAGCAUUAUUACAGAUCUAAACACUAUAAUAAAUAAUAAAGACGCAAGCUCUCUUGCAAAACAAAAUCUUUCAAUAUUUUUAGAUUCAGGCUAUGGCUUUCAACAAGCUCCAAAUCUCUGGAAUGAAAUGAAAUUUUACCUAUUGGGGAUGGGUGUCGCCUGUCUAAUAUUCGCAGCCAUUUAUCUCUGGUCAAGAAUAAAACAUCCCGAGGGAAAUGCAUUAGCUGUCUUUAAAGUAAUAUUAAUUAUAUUGGAUUUUAUCUUGAACAUUUUAUUUAUCUUAAAUGAUGGUCAUCAAUUUAACGACAUAUUUAUUUCCAGAGAAACUCAUCAUAAUUUACAUUUUUGUGAUUGGUUUACUGAAAAUACAAAAGUCCUGGCAAUACUCACAAUUUUAUCUGGUGCUGAUAUUGAAGCUUUGAAUUUAUUUAAUUCAAAGUUUGGUGGAUUUAAUAUAUUCUUAGCUCCACUUUCAGUGCAUGCAAUAAAUUUGAUCAACUAUAGUUCUACAUUGAAUUUAUUCAUCGAAGAUAUACCACAUUUAAUUAUUCAG